AUGUCCAAUAUCCCCAAUGAACAGACGCGUUGGGUACUUGCUGAGAGGCCCGUGGCUGAGCCUACCGACGCUACUUUCAGGAAAGAAACUGUGCCUAUUCCUCACAGUUUGGCGGACGAUGAGGUCUUGGUUCGCGUCGAUAUCACCUCGCUCGAGGCUGCCAUGCGUGGGUGGCUCACAGAUUUCCGUUCAUACCGUGCGCCGGUGCAGAUCGGGGAGGUGAUGCGCUCGGCAGGAGUUGGGGAAGUGGUCAAGGGUGGGAAAACUCUCAAAGUUGGUGAUCUUGUCAGCGGUGGUUUUGGUUGGCAGGAGUACGCCGUCGUCAAAGAGUCUGCAGUUCAAAAAGUAGACAUUCCCCCUGGAGGAAGUCCAAUUGAUGAAUUUGGAGCGACGGGCACGAACGGCCUGGCUGCAUACUUUGGCAUUACCACUGUGGGUCAGCUAAAGCCAGGAGAAACUUUGGUUGUCUCUGGAGCGGCUGGGGCGACCGGGUCGUUUGCUGCAGCCAUCGGUAAAAUCAAGGGUGCUGGUAAAGUAGUUGGGAUCGCAGGUGGGCCUGAUAAGGUGAAAUUCCUCAAAGAAGAGGUCGGCGUGGAUCUUGCGUAUGAUUACAAGUCAGCCGACUGGAAGGAAAAGUUCAUUGAGGAAGUUGGCCUUGUCGACGUCUUCUUCGACAACGUCGGAGGCGAGAUCUUGGACUUCGUUCUCAGCCGUAUCCGCCGAUUUGCACGGAUUGUAGAAAGUGGCGCAAUCUCGACAUACAAUACCUCUGAACCUUACGGCAUCAAGAACUAUCCACAACUAACGAAGUUCAGUGCUACCUUACAAGGCUACAUCUUCCUCGACUACGCUUCAGAGUUCCCGGCUGCGAAAAAGGAGCUUGCCCAAUGGGCCGCCGAGGGCAAGCUUCCACGAAAAUUCCAUAUUGUGGAUGGUGUCGAUGCAUUGCCCAAAGCACUUGGUGAUAUAUUCAGCGGUGCCAAUACCGGUAAAACUGUCGUCCGCGUGUCAAAGGAAGCAUUGCGGUUUAACUAA